UUGCUCUUCUUCAGUCUACAAUCCCCACCUUCCAAAACCUUCCACCCCUCCUCUCUCUCUCUCUCUCUCUUCAAGCCUCAGUCUCCUCUGUCGAUCCGUCUUCGCUUCCAGUCCAGCCCCCUUGGCCCUUAAGCUAUUCCCCAGCCUCAAGAGGUUCUUGGGUUUCUUGCUGCUGUGCUGUUCUGCUCUGUUCUUGGGCGAUCUGGUCAGCUCUCGACGAUCGGUGAUCUCUGUCGAGCUCCUCUGCGAGGAUUUCGCUUCCUGGGUUCCCCUCCUUUUCGCCUCAUCCGGGCUACUGGGGAGCCGCCAUUCGGAGCUCCCGUCUCGUGGUUUGGGUGGAAUCUGAGAUUCUUGUGCGUGUGCGUGUGUGCUGAGAUAGACUGAAGAGAUAGUUCCUUGAAUCCGUCGAUUUUUCCCGUUGCCCCUCUUGGGUUCUUGUGCUUUCGAGCCUUUCUUGAUCGAGGACUCGAGAAAGGCGUGGGAAAGCACCGAAAGUGCCUCCAUUUUUUCGGGUCUCACUUUCUUGUCCUUUGGUUUUUCCUGGAGUUGGACCAUUUUCGUGGGGGAGAGGAAAGAAUGUUGGGAACUGGAUUGCAGUUCGGGAGAGUUCGCGGGGAGGACCGGUUUUACGUCCCCGUCAAGGCGAGGAAGAACCAGAACCAGACGCAGAGGCAAUCGGCCGUGAGGAGUAAGAACGAUGAGAGCGAAGGCCCUGCUGAUUCGAAGAGUAAGCCUUUUCCUCCUUCUGAGAACGGGGAUUCGACGGAGGCGGCGAAUCCGGCGGAUAAGAGCUCGGCGACCUCUCGCAGUAAUCUCGACAGAUUCUUGGACUCGACCACUCCUUCAGUCCAAGCUCAGUCUUUCUCCAAGACGAUGCAGCAGACGAUGAGGGGGUGGAAGGCUUGUGAUGAUGAGUUCCAGCCUUACUUCACUUUGGGUGAUCUGUGGGAUUCAUUUAAGGAAUGGAGUGCGUAUGGCGCAGGAGUGCCUUUGCUAUUAGAUGGAAGAGAUUCUGUUGUUCAAUACUAUGUCCCGUACUUAUCGGGCAUUCAACUGUAUGGUCCAUCUACUACGCCAAAUGCUAAGUCGAGGUCAGCUGGUGAGGACAGUGACGGUGAUUACGACAGGGACUCAAGUAGUAGUGAUGGAAGCAGUGAUAAUGAAAUUGAGAAAGGCAUGCUUUCUAGGAACCUCCAGCAUUAUGAUCAUCCAGCAAAUUUGGUUUCUUCUAGAAUUGGUGGGUUGUCCAUGAGUGAUGAGCAAAGUUCAGGGAUGGAAGGCUUUUCUAGUGAUGAUGGUGACACCAGCAGCACUAGAGGUUGCCUACUGUUUGAAUACAUGGAGCAAGAUCCUCCCUAUAGCCGUGAACCAUUGGCAGACAAGGUGAUGGAUCUUGCACGUCAAUUUCCAGCUCUGAAGACUUUCAGAAGCUAUGAUUUGCUGCCAUCAAGUUGGAUCUCUGUAGCAUGGUACCCAAUAUAUCGGAUACCAACUGGUCCGACACUAAAAGAUUUGGAUGCUUGCUUUCUUACUUAUCACUCCCUUUCGACGCCUAUUGAAGGUACUGGUAGUGGAGGUACCCGUCCUCCAGUUGUUGUCUGUCCCAAUGAAAUGGGUGGUGUCCCAAAGAUAAGCUUAACAGUUUUUGGGAUGGCUUCCUACAAGUUUAAAGGAUCCAUGUGGACACAAAACGGGGUCAGUGAGCGUCUAAUGGCGAAUUACCUCACGCAGGCUGCAGAAAAUUGGCUGAGACUGCAUGGGGCUAAUCACCCAGACUUCCAGUUCUUUGCUUCCCAUGGCAUGUAUGCCAGGUGAUGAUACAUGGGCAGUCUCAUCAUUUUAAUAAAAAAAAAAAAAUUCUCUCCACGCACAAAAGAAGCAUGUGAUGAACAAAAUCGUACUCGAAUUUUGGGGAGUAGCUAUCUUGCUUUUGGAGCAACUUUUGUUGAAAUGGUUAGCUGUUGCUUUCGUGACAAAGAACAACAAAAACUGGGUACUCCCAAAAUGGAGGCAAGAAAAGAAUCAGAAAGGUGUGCAAGUAUGAAAACUGAGAACUUUCUACAGAAGGUGAGGAUCUUGAUUGGGGCCAGAAGAUACACAUGGAAGAGAAGCCCAUAAGAGUGACAAAAGGUGUAAAAUGGGCUAAAAGUGACUGUUAUCUGUCGUUCUUCCCUUUCCUUCUUCUGGCAGAUGUCUUACUAGACUUGCUACUUACCUGCAUAAUGAUGAUCUCAUGAUAACGGAGGAAAAACCAUAUGGUUUAGUUCACUUGGGGAGUUUGAUUUGGUUGUCAGAUGAGCUAAAAGAAUUUGAUUUUGGCGUUCCAUGUUACUUUUUGGUUGAUUGAUAGGCAAGAAAAUAAGAAUAUUUUUUUCCUUUAGUUA